UGAUGGAGCAGCAGCAGCAGCAGCUGAGAAAUUUGCGGGACUUCCUGCUGGUCUACAACCGGAUGACGGAGCUCUGCUUCCAGCGCUGCGUGCCCAGCUUGCACCACCGAGCUCUGGAUGCCGAGGAGGUGGGCCAUUGGGAGGCCUGUCUGCACAGUUGUGCCGGGAAGCUGAUCCAUUCCAAUCACCGCCUUAUGGCUGCUUACGUGCAGCUCAUGCCUGCCCUGGUGCAGCGUCGCAUUGCAGACUAUGAGGCCGCCUCCGCUGUGCCAGGUGUUGCUGAACAGCCGGAAACGUCGCCAUCAGGCAGCUGACCCUCCCCAAGCUCAUGGCUGGAGCCAUUGUCUGGAUCUCUAACUUGAAAGACUUCUGGCUGAUUGCUGCCGCCUUAAUUGAGCGGUUGCUUAAAAGCUGGGUAACAGUUGUUGCUCCUUUAUCUGGAGCCAAUAAAUGAUUGUACUGCUUGGUUUAUAUUUGGGUUAGGGAAGCACUUUCCACCUCGGUGACAUCCUUCGUUUUGCCACUCAAUGUGCAUUAUAGUAUCCUUCAGACUUGAAAAUUGAGAAAUCACCUUCUGUAUAAAAAGCAUUUCUGGUUUAAAACCAGAUGUGGGUACAGUUGAUGAUACCACUGGAAGUUGUUUUUGUUCAGAUGACAAAGAAAAUGGGAGCUUCAUUUUGCAUUUGAGUCUUUCUUUUUUUUUUUUU